CUUCCCAGGAAUGCGGCAAGGUAAUGACUUUGGCACCCAAUAUCGCUCGGCCAUCUACACGUUCUCUCAGGAACAGAUGGAAGCUGCUCUGAAAUCUAAAGAGGAUUAUCAAAAGGUACUGACGGAGAAGGGCUUUGGCACCAUCACAACAGAAAUCCGCGAGGCUCCUGAGUUCUAUUACGCUGAAGAUUACCAUCAACAGUAUCUAAACAAGAACCCCAAUGGUUAUUGUGGACUUGGGGGCACUGGGGUUUCCUGUCCUAUUAGGAUUCAAAAAUAAUCUUUGCUCAUGCCACUGCACCAACCUUGUGUGAUGUUUUUGCUAGAAACGUAGGCUACGUCUACAUUGGCAAGAUUUUGCGCAAAUACUUUUAACGCGAGAGUUUUUGCGUUAAAGUAUUUGCACAAGAGAGCAUCUACACUGGCAUGUGCUUUUGCGAAGAGAUGUGCUUUUGCGCAAAAGCAUCCGUGCCACUGUAGACGCUCUCUUGCGCAAGAAAGCUCCAAUGGCCAUUUUAACCAUCGGGCUUUAUUGUGCAAGAAAUUCAUGUUGCCUGUCUACACUGGCCUCUUGCGCAAGAACAUCAGUGUUCUUGCGCAAGAACGCGCGGCCAGUGUAGACAGGCGGCAAGUUUUUGCUCAAAAGUGGCUGGUUUUGCACAAAAUCUUGCCAAUGUCGACACAGCCUUAGAGUAAAGCACCCAAAAAAAGUAAAAAAUCUGUAAAGUUCUACAUAUUUUAGUUAUCAAAAGAACACAAUCUAAUUGUGCCAGUUCCAAUUAUUGUGGUAACUGAUUUCAAAAUACCUGUCAGCAAGUAUGUCUGUUAAUGACACAGAUAACAAAAAGGCUCAGGAAAUGUUUUUUGACAAAUAGAUUCCUUACUAGGCAUAUUAAAAGAGAAUUUGAUGUA